GUUUUAGGAGUGAAUGCAGAGUCACACUAUAGUCAUUGCGUUAUGGAAACACCGAUUAAAUUUGUCAAAACUCCAAAAACCGGGAAAUGUUCGUAUUUUCGUAGUGGGCCCUCCACGAACUUUACUGGACGAAAACAAUGUUGAUGUUUAUUUCCAAGUUGAAUCGCCCAUUAAAGACCAUGAUCACCUGCAACUGCUUCAAAAGAUCCGUGAGCUAUGUUCUAUGUACGCGGCAUCUCAAAGACGGAUUGUUGCAUUCGAGAGAAGUCUGCAGAAAGCUAUAGCUAGAAUACGGAAGGAGCUGAGCAUAGAGGGCUUCUAUCCGGAGCAGCUAGAGCAGAUUCUCAGCGUGAGAGAUGCCAUACAUAAUCCAAGAAAAAACGGACUGGCCACACUCAGACAGUGUUCGCUUUCUGGGAGUCCUCAGCCAGAACCUUGGUUGGAGGUCGUCCGUUCACAAGUGGGGAGUUUUCCGGUGGUUGUCCGAUCAGUUCAACAGCAACCCCCUCAAGGAAUACUGCGAACAGAAAAAGAGUUUCGACAGUGGUUUCGGCGUAACUCAACUGCAAAUUGUGAGGAGUAUGUGGUGCAAGAAUUCAUUGAUGAUGGUUACGAAUUUACAGCAUUUUGCACUGCCAAAGGUGGAUUAUUGUCAUGCACAGCAUCAAUGGAAUCCCACCGGACCAUUUUGGAAUGCAUUCAAAGCCAAUCGCCUUACGGUCUUGAGUUAUUCACAGUGGAACAAACUAGGGACAUUCUGCCUGGAGUCGAAUCUUUUGUAACUCAGGUGCUCAAAGCCACUUUCUCUAAAAGUUAUACUGGAGCGAUUUUUAUCAAAGGAUUCUACAAGAACCACAACGAUAUCUUUUUCCUCGGCUUUUCACUUGAACCUGAGUCCGAAACACUGCGCACUCUUUUGGAUAUGUCAGCGAUGCCUUGGGAAACCGCACUAAUCGAAAGCCACUACGAAGAUGACAUUAUAAAGAAUGGACUUGUUGCUGUCCCAUCGAUACAUCAAUGCGUGGUAAAUUUUCCUAGUGCUGAGGGAGUGUUGAUUCAUCAGACAUUAAUACCUAAAAGGUCAACAAGUGAAAUGCGUGUGGCCUGGCGUUGUGCCGAAGGUCAAGAAAUGAUGGAUAGCAUAAGCAUAGAUGAUAAUGUCGUUCAGGUGUACCUCAAGAAUUUGGAUCACGAUCGCCUGAUCCAAGAAGCUCAAGAUGUAAUGCGCAAUACAGACAUUACUAUCGAUCGUAAUGUUCUACUCGAUCGACAUUCGGUCUGUCGACGAAACUUGUCACGCCUAAAUCCACGCGAUUUGAUUCGCAGUUGUACUACUGCUGACUAGUUUGCGCAAGUAAUCUGUAAUGUGAUUGUCAUUUCCACUCUUGCAUUUGUUUCAACGCUCUGCUUCUCUUCAAAUCUUCAAGACUACUCUUUUCUUAAAAUGAGUUCCAGACUGAGCGGAUAUCCAUACUAUUUGGUUUCAUAAGUCCGUUAUGUUUGAUGACAAAAUGUCAAUGACAAAAUCCUACGAAAUCCGUUCCAUAACUCAUGUUCCGUUGCUGGACACAGCAUUCUGAUAUCUUGCCCAAAUGUUUUUUACCGUUUUUUCAAAACUCUGCAAGGUCCGGUCCUAAAAUGCAACCGGCGCUCCAAAUCUACCUUUCAGCUGUCUUGGUGUACACCUUUGACGAUGUUUGCCUUAUCUUGUCUUAUGUCUCGU